AUGACAGCACCGCCUCCGUCGACAGGGGCCAGUGCUCAGCAAGCGCAUCCGCUCCGACCGUACUAUCAACCGCCUGAGGACUCGGUGUUUAUCGCUACCGCUCCGCGCUUCAACACAUCCGGACUACCCAAAGCAACGGCCAGCUCCUCUUCAAAGACUUUUGGUGGCAGCACUAUGCCCAAACCGUCCUCGAAUAGAUACAUGUCAUCUAAUGACGCCAAGCCUUAUGUCGCGACAACAUCGGCAGGCGGCUUUAAUGAAGCGGAUGCCGGCAUCUCGGACAUCUUGCGCGCACUUCUCAUCAGUGGUGCGCUUCAGUACACCAGCACAUGCCUCGCGAUGCCUUUCGAGGUCGGCAAACUCCUUUUACAGGUUCAAUGGGUACCUAGAGACGAUGUCUGGCUCUCUCUCACGCAGCAAGCAGCCCUAGCAGAGCGACGUACCAUCUCCACUACCACACGGCAGUUGAAGGCUCCCCCUCAUCAGUCACAGGCAGAGGAAACGACGGAAGCGUGGGAGCAGGAAGUGUCUCCCGAGGCCAUCGAGUGGGACGACGAAGCCAGUGCGCACCAAGAAGAGGAGCACCAAGACGAUCUCAUCGAGGCAGACCUUUCGGAUGAAGACGAUGCUGACGCUUACUUUCGCGAUGUCACCUCCAAACCAACUCGACCGAACACCUCGCUCUACUCUGAACGCAAAAAGAGGCGCAUGGUAGAUGCUUCUGGCUACGUUAUGCGCCAAAGCGUCUACGAUCAAGGCGCGCGACCCGAGUUUGUCAUGCCAGUCGUGGUGAGAGGGGGGGUGUGGGAGAUGAUGAAAGCCGUCGGCCGCGGUAAGGAAGGCUGGCUCGGUCUCUGGAAGGGAUCCUUGACCUCGUUCGUCCUUGAGGUGACAUCGUCCACUAUCCAACCCAUCAUCUCUUCCAUUCUCUCACUGUUUGCGCCCACAGCGCUCUCUCCUUUGCCUCUGGCGUAUGCCCCUUACCCAUACAAGACGCUCGGCCUACUGCUUUCGUCGCAUCUCGUUACGGGAAUCCUGGUAUCGCCGCUUGACCUCGUCCGGACCCGUUUGAUCUCGCAGAGCACGCUUCCAGCACACCGCAAAUACAGUGGUCCAUACGACGCCAUCAAAAAGACACUGAAAGAAGAAGGUGGUUGGAAGACGGCGUACCUACAUCCCAAUUUGCUCAUCCCAACCAUCCUCGACUUUACCCUGCGACCGUUGCUGUCGCUCGCUGCACCGCUGCUCAUCGAACACACAUUUCGACUCGAAUCCAACACGCAUCCGAUCAGCUAUGCCAUUGCCGAGCUCGCAAUUUCCACUGCUUCUCUGUGCAUUACUCUUCCCAUCGAGACAGUGCGCAGAAGGCUGCAGCUUCAGGUCCGCAGGCCACACGAUGCAAUCUCUGAGGAGGCUGCCUUGACUUCGUCACGCAAGAUCACCAGCGCGACUCUGCAACAACAGCAGACUACGACAAUUACCACCGCGACUUUACGUGGUGGUGUCGACCAAGCCACCGGCAACGUGGGCGUACGAGGUCUGCGCACGUGUGUCGAGACCCGACCUAUCCCUUACGUUGGUGUGGUGGAAGCCAUCUACCGUAUUGUGACGGAAGAGACUAUCGCUACGCACAUUCGAUCGUCAUCCAAACCAGCGGAAGCGAGCUCAAAGGAGACAUCGCAGGGCGACACUUCGGAAUGCGCUGGAGCAACUCACGCGCUGGCUCAGUCGGGCAUCUUGGCGGCAAAGACAGGUCACUCGUCUCUGGGCGGACUUCGUUCGCUCUACCGUGGCUUCGGUAUGGCGUUCAGCGCCAACUUGGUUGUAUUCAUGCUGACGCUUGUGAGCGGCGAGCGUGCUGGCCCUGCCGGAUGGGCCGAGAUCUAG